AUGAAAACCAGAGGUUUCAACGCACAAGUCAUCAUCAACAAUAGCCUUGCUAAAGUGUUGGCUGACACAGAUGCAAGUAUCAGCGUCUGUGGAAGAGAGCAAUCGCAAGAAUGGAACCUCCUGUCCAGAAUGGUCCCAACCACGACUAAGAUCAAGCCAUAUAACAGCCCGACAAUACCAGUUAUUGGAAUUGCCAAAUGCGCUGUCACAUUUGUCUCCACAUCCAUUCCAGUUGAUUGGCACAUAAUUGAUACACCAUGUGAACCUAUACUUGCAGGAGAAAGUGCAGUACAACUGGGGAUAAUCCAGUUUGACCCUAAGCCCGAAGUUUACCAACCAGUACAGUUGAUCCAGUGUAGCAAAAAGGAAGCGCUUCAAGACAUCUUAAAGAAAUAUCCGCAGAAUUUUGAAGGGCUUGUAAAGUUGAAAAACCACCAAGUUAAACUGCAUGUCGACCCCAGUAUUAAAUCCGUUGCCCCCCAGCUCGACCAGUGCCAUAUCACUUGAAGGAACGUAUCAGAACAGAGAUUGACAAGAUUGUAGCCCAAAAUGUCAUUGAAGAACAUCCACCAACAGAACCAGCACCUUGGGUGUCAAACGCAGUUAUUGCACCCAAAUCGGACGGCGCCAUUUGUAUGACCCUUGACGCUCGCAAUGUGAAUAAAGCGAUCCAAGCUUCCAACCUGCUCAUCCCAAGGAAAGAAGGCAUUAAAGCUAAACUUAGCCGCGGAGCGAAGGUGUUCUCGAAGAUGGACUUUAAAUCGGCAUUUUGGCAACUUGAACUCCACCCAGAUUGCCGGUACCUUACGGUGUUCCACGCAACGAUAAACUAUACCGAUAUAAGCGACUCACCAUGGGCGUAAAGCCAGCACAAGGAGAACUUAACAUGACUCUUCAACCGCUUUUCGCACAUAUUCCACAAGCACACCUCAUCCAUGAUGACCUUAUUGUUGCAACAGAAACCGAUGCAGAACACCAUUCCGCGAUUACUGCCGUCAUGCAAGCCAUCACUAACGCUGGUAUAACCCUUAAUCCAAGCAAGUGCACUUUCGGAGCCACUGAGAUCGAAUUCUGUGGUUUGCGUAUUGGUUCCGCAGGAGUACGACCACAUCCCGCCAAAGUGGAAGCAUUAAAGCACAUCACACCGAGUCCAAUGCCGAUUUCAUUCCAAACUUCGCACAACACGCGGCCAAACUGAGAGAACUGACCAAGAAAAAUAGUCGAUUCACAUGGACGAAAGAACAUCAUUCCGCUUACGAAGCAUUAAUCGAACGAUUCACAGUAAAUACCCUACUCGAGUAUUUCGACAUGAGCAAGCCAAGUUUCAUUUUCACCGAUGCACACACUACUGGACUUGGGGCCAUGCUGGCACAAGGAGAUACACCAGAGAGCGCAAAACCAAUUGCUAUAGCUUCUAGAACAACAGACAAGGCCGAGCAGAGGUAUCCACAAAUCGACCUUGAGGCCCUUGGUAUUGAUUUUGCUCUACGACGAUUUCGCAACUAUAUCCUUGGUUCCCCAACCGAUAUCCAGGUUAUAACUGAUCAUAAACCAUUAUGCUCUAUCUUCAACGGCAACCGUAAAGGAAGAAUAAAGCUCCGCCAUCAAGACAUCAGAUUUACGGUAAUCUACCAGUGUGGGAAAGUUAACCAAUCCGACUAG